AUGGCGGGUACGGGGGGUGCGCAGGAUGCGCCGGUGACGAAGGCGGGUGUUGCUGCUGAUGUUGUUGCGGAUGUUGCUGCGGAUGUUGCUGUGGAUGUUGCUGCGGGUGUUGCUGCGGGUGUUGCUGCGGGUGUUGCUGCGGGUGCUGUUGUGGGUGCUGUUGUGGGUGCUGCUGAGGGUGAUGCUGAGGGUGCUGCUGUGGAUGUUGUUGUGGAUGUUGGUGUUGAUGUUGUCGGUGGUAAUCUUGGACAGGAGGGUAGGGCUCUUGCGCAUGAUGGCGACGAUCGGGGUCGUGAUGCGAUCGAGGAGGGUAAUGUUGAUAUGGGCUCGGAGGAGGGUGAGGAGGAUGAUGUAGAGCGCCGGGCGGAGGCGGAGGAGGCGGCGGCGGAAGUUGAUGAGCGUGAGGAUGCGGUAGUGAUACUGCUUGCUGAGUUGUGCCAACCGGCCACGAAGAAAGGCGUGGACGUUUACUAUCUGGAGGUGCUGGAUCCAUGCUUGAGUACUAUAUAUGUAUGGUAG